UGUGAAGCAGCUUCUCUCUGCUUUCCCUCUCUGCCUCGAAACACACCGGCUUUCCUUUACUCUUUUGCCUGAGCUGUGAAGAGCAAACGCAGUGGCAGAAGGAGCCCACUCGCUCCAACUCCUCCCACGCCAUGCUUCCUUGGAGAAGGAAUAAGUUUGUUCUGGUGGAGGAUGAGGCCAAGAGUAAACCCAAGAGCCUGGGGACCGGGCUGACCUACCACUCCAUCCUCUCCUCUCUUCUGCGCUCCUGUCCGGACUUACUGCCCGACUGCCCCUUCGACUGGGUGGGCAACAUCUUCCACACCAAACGUCAGAAGGUGGAACUGAACAAAGAGGAGCCAGUUUACAAUGUACGCUACCUGGGGAGUGUGGUCACCAUCACGGCAAAGGGAGACGGCUGCACCCAGGAGGCAGUGGCCAAGAUCUGGGCGAGGAGCAACUACGGGGACCAGAGUGUCAAGAUGAGGUUAACAGUGGGGCCGCAAGGGAUCCGCAUGAGUGCUGACAAAUCGGGGAAAAAGAAACCCAUCCAUCUUUACUCUCUGAACAGAAUCACCUACUGCGGCGCUGACCCGUGCCGGCCCAAGAUCCUGGCUUGGAUCUACAGGCACCAGGUCAAGAACAUGGCCGUGGUGCUCCGGUGUCACGCUGUGCUGGUGAGCAAGUCGGAGAAGGCUCAGGCGAUCGCCCACAGCCUCUACCAGAACGCCACCUCCGCCUUCAGCGAGUUCAAGCGGCUGAAGCGUCAGAGCGACUUCCGGCACUGCCAGCAGCAGCUGCUGGGCGAGGAAGCAGUGCCCCUGAUGCCACUGAGGAGGCUGUUGAACGGGCAGUGCCACUACAGACCGCCUGCCGACAACCCCGGGAGUGCCACCCGCCUCUGCUCCAUCACAGAGGAGGAGGAAGAGGAGGAGGAGGAGGACAAAGAUGAGAAGCAGGAGAUGGAGGAACCACAGGAGCAGCAGGAGAAACAGGUUUUAACAACAAACACAGACCCGACUCAGUUAUUAUCCGAGCUGGACAUUGGGGAUAUUGCCAGACUGGAGCAGUGCCAAAUCAACUUUGUCAGUGACAGCAACAACAACACGUUUACAUUUAUAACCUCUCUGGUGUGACAGUAAAGCAGCUCAAAGAAUUCUGCAACACAUUCCUCUCUUCGCCCUCCACCGGUACCCCUCUCAGGCUCCCUCCUGCCCCGUCCAUGUAAUGUGAAGUGUUUACCAGAAACUUCUCCCACUACCGGGUGAUGGAGAAAAAGCGGAGGAUCAUACUGUGGGAGUAAUUUGUGUCGUGGCCAGAUGGCUCAGAUGCUGGUUUGACUGUAGCAGUUUGGGAAACUGCGUGUUUACAAAGAGGGCUGGUGAUGCACAGACUAACGAUAGCACAAUGACGAACGAGGACAAUGGUGUGAGAGAAACAGCUGAGAUCACUGGGUCAUGUACUGAUCACAGCGCCGAGCAGGAUGUGUUUAUUAGUCCUCUCUCUUCUUAUUUUUCGUCUGUGAAGCAAACACAGGGAGAUGACUGACAGCGCCGCGGGCCAGCUCGUCUCCAUCACGACGAGGAGGAGCGGAGGAACACACUGUUGUGCCUGAGAGCAGCUGGCAGCAGGUGGCAGUCCGUUUUGUUCCAGUGAUAA